GCACCACCACCAUCAACUUCACCAAUAAAUGGAGAAAACUCUCGUUCCCAAAUUUUGAGUGGGUCGUCAUUCGGACAAAAAGGACAAAAAGGAGACAUCUGUGAGGCCAGAGGGGUGGGGCUCACAAUUGGGACGAGAAUUAAGGCAGGAAAUUGGGAACUCAUUUCAUAACAGGACAAUCAAUGGUGUAAUAAUUAAAUAAGAAAGAAAAAAGUUAUUCUGAAAAAUGAUGAAUCAACAAGCAAUGGAUUCGCUGUAUUCGGCGACAUACAUGGAGGAUUAUCUCGACUGCGUCGAGAAUUUGCCGGACGAUAUCCAGAGAAAUAUGAGCAGAAUGAGGGAUUUGGACAUUCAAUAUUCUAAAUAUAUGAAGGAGCUGGAGACUGCAAUGGAAGAUUUAAUGGAGCAGAUUGACGUCGAACAGGCGGAUGAGCGAGAAGACGAGGAGGAUUUAGAGCAGCUGGAGAAAACUCGGAGACGCAGAAAGUACUCGAAGGCUAGGUCAUCCGUUCAAGAGAUUCUCAUGAAGGCACAGGAUAUUGGGGAUGAAAAACUCCAGAUUGCCCAAAACGUGCAGGAUAAUAUUGAGAACAAAGCGAGACAAUUGGAACUAGAUAAGAAAAACUUGGGUGAGUUGGUCACCAAGUUGCGACCUAGAGAAUACGGUCGGGAGAAUGAGAACCAAGAAACUCCUAAAGAGGAGCGAGAACGACCUGGAAUUAAAAGAGCUCGUCGUGCUAAGCAUGAAGUAUUUGUUCCGUCUAUUAUGGGUCCUUCCACUCUGGAAGUUACUUCAUACGUGGAUUCAAUCCAGGAUGAGCCGAAACCAAGCACAAGUCGGGGAGGUCAUCACUAUAAUUCUCACGCGAAUGAAAAGACUGUCCAUCAUAGCACAGCCGCUAGUUCUGCAACACAUGAUACUCAAGAUCGUAAAACGAGCACGGCUUCCCAGCCAGAUCAAGUUCCAACAACAACGGCUCGAGAACGACAUUCGACAAAGGGCAGCCGUAAUAAUGAAACAGAAAGCUCGACUCCAUCACGAGCUUCUGAGCGAACUGUAAGUGCAUCAGCAAGCGUGGCUUCUCCAGCUAAGCAGGUUCAAAAGGCCAAUGUAGUCGAGAAAAAGGGGAAGAAGCGCAAGUCGACUAAGCAAAGUAAAAGCAAGGACGCGUCACCACCAGAUGAUGCGGAUACGAUUGAUCCUGAUGAGCCAACAUACUGUUUGUGUGAUCAGAUUUCGUAUGGUGAGAUGAUUGGUUGCGAUAAUGAUCUUUGCCCUAUUGAAUGGUUUCAUUUUUCUUGUGUGAGCCUCACACACAAGCCGAAGGGAAAGUGGUACUGCCCACGUUGUCGCGGGGAUAAGCCAAACGUAAUGAAGAACCGCACCGUUUUGAUUAAAGAGCUCGCAAAGUACAAUCGCGAGAGAGAAGAAAAAGCAUAAUUUGAUUAUAAAUUCUCGCUUAUUUUAACUAUAAAUAUUAAUCAUGGUUAAUAUUUAAUCGCGCCGUUUUAAAUCUGUCAAGCAAAUCUAUUCAGCUACUAGAAUAUUUAUCAUUGUUUGCACCUCCCACAACGUCAGGAGGAACUUUUUUAUGAAUAAUAUUAGGAUAUAAUAAUCACCUCUAGGUUUGAGAGUGUUUAUUUGAGUAGAUAAUGAUGGUUGUUUGGUUUUACUUGAUUAAUAUGCAAAGGUGUUAAAGUACAAUUAUUUGAUUAAUGGUGUUUAUUUUGUACAGUUUCGUCUAAGUUAGUUGAUCUUACUGCUAGUGGUUACUAGUAAUUAAUUGUUACGGGUGUUUCACAAUUGUAAUUUAGAUUUCCCUUUAAGUAUAAUAGCUUACAUUUUUUUCAUGCACUUUAGUGGAUAAAAAUCUAAGCUGUAAUAGGUCCUGUAGUUUGUAUUGUUUGUACAUGCUUGUAACGUCAUAAGUAUUUCGAUUAAAACUUAUUUCCAAUUUUUCGAUAUUUGUAAUACUUCAAAAAUAACAGCAUAAAUUUGGGAUUCAUUGUUUUUAUAUACGCUUGGUUACAAUUUGUUAUUUUAGUUGAGUGAUUUUUUACAUGUCACUAUAAUUGUUAUUUGUUAAACGGUUUUGUAAUAAUAAAAAUAAAUGUUUUCUC